GCGGCACUUCCGCCCUGGUGUAUCCCAGCAUGCCCCGCGCUCCCUCACGGCCGCCAUGGCGCAGGGCCGCCCUAAGGCCGCGGCCAAGCGCCCCAAAGCGGCGGCGGCGGCGGCGGCAGCGGCGGCCCGGAGCACUCGGGGCCCACGGAAAGGAGGCCGCAGCAUCGCCCCCAAGAAGCUGCGCGUGAUCCAUCAGCAGAAGCUGAAGAAGCGGCUGGAGGUCGGGAUCCGGAUGCGGAUCGAGCGGGAAACCGUGCAGCGAGCACAGGGCACGCUGCCCAAAAAGCUGGCGCUGGUCACGGCGCCCAAGGCCGGCAAGGACAAGGAGAGGGCCAAGAAGGGCCGCGGCUGAACCCCCCAAAACCCCCAGGAACGACCCCUGACCCCUCUUCAGUGAGCUCUGUAAGGGUCUGGGGGAGUCUGGGCUGAUCUCACCCCUAAAAUCCCCAGGAAAGAGCCCUGAACCCCCCAAAAACCGCAGGGAACGAGCCCUGAACCCCCCAGGAACAACCCCUGACCCCCCUCAGUGAGCUCUGUAAGGGUCUGGGGGAGUCUGGGCUGAGAAAAGCCCCCCAAAAAUCCCCGGGAACAACCCCUGAACCCCCCAAAACCCCCAGGAACGACCCCUGACCCCUCUUCAGUGAGCUCUGUAAGGGUCUGGGGGAGUCUGGGCUGAGAAGAGCCCCCCAAAAAUCCCCGGGAACAACCCCUGAACCCCCCAAAACCCCCAGGAACGACCCCUGACCCCCCUCAGUGAGUUCUGUAAGGGUCUGGGGGAGUCUGGGCUGAGAAAAGCCCCCCAAAAAUCCCCGGGAACAACCCCUGAACCCCCCAAAACCCCCCAGGAACGACCCCUGACCCCCCCGUCCGUGAUCUCCACGAGGGUCUGGGGGAGUCUGGGCUGAUCUCACCCCCAAAACCCCCCAGGAACGACCCCUGACCCCCCCAUCCGUGAUCUCCACGAGGGUCUGGGGGUGUCCCGGCUCUUCUCAGCCCCCCAAUAAAUCAUAAAAGGGA